CACAGACCCUCACUCGCGAGAACAUGCCUCCCAAACGAAAAGCUCCUUCAGCGGCCGCGGAUGACGCACAACCAGCGGCGAAAAGAGCAUUGCGCUCUAAAAGGUUGUUUUGAACGACGUCACCGCUUUGCCUGUGAAGACACGCAGAUCGAGACGUGCAGUUGCUGCAAGCGACGCGGUGGCGGACUCUGCUGCUGCGCCACAAGACACCGCUGUUGUUGCCUCUAGGACGCGGAGAGCGGUGAACAACUCUGGGACUACAGCAGCAGAUGACGCAGACUCCCAGCCCGGACCGAGCAGAUCGCGCCCAAAAACUCAGAAGAAGCCGAUUACAACAAACAGGAGGGUAAACUAUGCAGUGGUCGAGGACAAUGUUGAUGAAGAGGCAGAUGAACUGCUGCUAUCGCCGUCCAAGAAACAUAAACGACCUGUUACCCCUCCGAGACCCAGUACUCCGAAAGCCUCAGCUCCUCGGAUAUUCAUGGAGUGCGUGGAGAUCCUGACACCGUCUAGACGUCUUGCCGACGGUACGCCUUCUGCUACACGCUUUCUGAACCUUGCUGGUGCGGCAGCAGAAGUUCAUCCACGACAGUCCACACCUUCCCCAUCCAAACGCACCGCGCCCCCUACAUCGCCGUCUAAACCUCGAUCCACCGACCGUGUCCGUGCGUCUCCCGAUGUGGAGGAUGCUGUUCAAUUUGCAGGUCCUUCUACUGCACCGAUUUCUCCACCUACGACACCAGGCAAGCCGAAAACACGCACUCCAACUGCCUCUCCUUCGAAGCGACGAGGAAUAGCAAGCGUGCAGUCUUCUCCGACCCGUCAGGCGAAGACCCUUCCUCCUCACCUCUGUGCAUGCUUGCACGCCCAACAGCGUGUAAUCUUACAGUCUCUUCGUAACGUCCCGGAAAUUGAGAGAGAAGGUAUCGAGCAUGACGAAGACGAAGAUCCUCCGGCCAACACAGUAGCUCUUGAGGAGCUAAGCAAUCUCCUCAGGGGGACAAUUCUCCGCGGAGAGGGCAACAGUUGCUUACUCAUUGGCCCUCGGGGAAGCGGAAAGACUAGGAUCGUAAAGAGUGCCAUUUCAGCGUUGCCGGAGAAGCCAAUCAUUAUCCACCUUUCCGGACAUGCGCAACAGAACGACCGCCUAGCGAUACGAGAGAUCGCGCGCCAGCUCACACAACAAACAGGAACAUCCUUCCUGCCCGCUGAAGACGAAAAGACUGCCGAGGACGGCCUCAAUGACCUGAAUGACCCAGAGAACCCAUUUGUCGACAAUCGAGAUGUCGCCGAAGCUGCUCCUGUGAUAGCUCUGCCUGCUCCUGCGCACUUGCUGGCACUGAUAUCCAUGAUCCCGACCCUGCCCCGGGCGACCGUUGUCGUCCUCGAUGCGUUCGACCAGUUUGCGAGUCAUGCUCGCCAAUCGCUUCUCUACUGCCUGCUCGACACAGUACAAAGCUGUAGAGUGGGUAAGGCUAACAAGGGCCUCGCAGUCGUCGGUGUGACUGCGCGGGUAGAUACGAUCAACUUACUGGAAAAGCGCGUCAAGAGUAGGUUCUCCGGCAGGAUGCUCAGGACUGCAUGUCCGCGGCGGUUGACAGACUGGACGAGUCUUGCCAGGACAAUCUUGACCGCGCCAAGAGGGGAGGAUGAGGAUGAUAACGAAUGGGAAACUCUUUGGGCAGCCUCGGUCGAUAACUUCCUCAACCAUCCUGAAGUCAAGGAAGUCUUCAAAGACACGUUCGGGCUGACCCGAGAUGUCUAUACACUGCGUCGCAUAUUGCUCCCCGUCGUAACUGAACUUUCGGAGGCCUCUCCGUUUCCGUCGCCAGCCACAUUUACAAGUGCGGCUGACACCCAACGCUGUCCUGCACGUUUCCCCUUCCUUUCGGCCCUGCCAUACCCUUCCAUAUGCCUCCUAAUCGCGGCAAUGCACGCGCGGACCUCAGGGCAUGAGAGCUUCACGUUCGAGAUGCUGCAUGAGGCCUUCCGGGAUCAAGUUCGCACAUCGCAAUCUGCGCCCGUCCAGAUUGAGGGCGGGACCAUCGGCAUGGUCCGGUGUAGUCGGGAAGUCCUCAUGGGCGCUUUCGAGCGGCUCGUCACGCUGAAGAUAUUCCUUACCACUGCUCCACCAUCGAGCAGCGUCGCCAGAGAGUUUGUCCCACAUCGUUGCGCGGUUGAUAGACUGGAAGUGAAGCGGGCAGUGGAGACUAUGGGGCAGACCAACCUUAAGAAGUGGUUAAACAAGAUGCAAUGACAUGUUCCUCUUGCCUUUUGAUCAGACUAUCUGUCUAUCUACUACCGAGGUGGCGGUGGGAUAAUGAGUGCCAAUCACGCGGGCGUCAAUGGAGACUGCAUACCACAGUACUACUAUCACUGCCUUGUACUUGCUCGCCUUCAAGAGACUUGCAUGCCAUAUAUGUGCAUGUCAUUUGCGACAUCGCCCCACAAUCUGUACGCGUUUGUACCACGUAGUCUAAAGUGAUCCGGAUUCCC